AAGUCAAUAGGUUUUCGUUGGUUUGAAAACUAUUCUCACUUUUGUCGACAAAAAUACAAUUAAUUUGUGUUUUAAAAUGAAUUAUCUGUUGACUAUCAUCGCUGUGAUUGUGUUGUCGACCGCGUGCUCGGCGAAGAUCACGAUCCGAACCAAACGCCAGAUCGAAAGGGAGGGUAAUCUGAAUGAGACGACAACUGUCAUCGCCGGUGAGCGCGAGCCCAUCGACAAAGACUUCGACGCGGUUCCCGUCGACGACAAGACCGAUGUGAUGGAAGUGGACUACGACCCCAACGACGGCACCUUCCAGUUUGGCGGCAAGUUUCCCACGUUUUUCAAACACAACGUCAAUACACACUUCGAUGAACUGUUCCGACAGAUGACCAAAAGAUUUGAAGAUAUGUCCAGAAGUAUGUUCGAGCGAUUCAAUCAGACCAGUUCCCAGUACCCGGCUAACUAUAAUGGCACCAAAGAGGAGAUCGUUACCAUCGAUGGCAAGCAGUACAUUAAGAAGGAGCACGUGAUCAAGAAGUCGGACGACAACUUAAAUAUAUUCCUGACGACAACCACUUACGAACCCGUCGACGACAAAUCCAAUGAGAGUUAAGGCAACUGUCAGUGAGACGUGAUUUGCAUUUAAUCGAUAUAUUAUGCAAUAUUUCUAUUAAUUUUUAUGGACAUACAGUACUCUCUAUUUUACUUAUUUUUAGUAUUAUUUAUAAUACUUUUGAUUCAUCGAAAUGUUUUACUAACUAUAAAAUGUAUGACACAAUUGACGCAUAUAUUCAAUAAUAAUACAGAAUCUGUAACUCAUAAAUCCAUUAUUUAAAUAAAAAUGUUGACAACUUUUGGUCUUAAAAAUAA